UGCACAGAGUAAAUCCAGAGCCUGCAGUGCCUGAUCGCGCUAACCCAAAAGAUCCAUAUAAGAGGCAAAGAAGAAAAGGAUCAAACUGCAAGGCAGUGAGGGCAACCUCAAAAACCUGCACUGGACAAGUGAGUAAGGGUCAAAUUCUAUGAGGGGAAUUCAGGCAUAGAAAAAAAGAUUCACCUUCAGCUGAGCAGCAGCUGGUCCAGAGCUUGAAAGCAGGAGAGGGAAGAGGGGCUGUACAGCAAAAAGGAGCAGAGAAAAGUGACUGGAAUGAUAAGAUGAUAAGCAGGCAUGUGAUACUGAAGCUCUCUCCUAAUGAGGCCCUUUUGGAACUGCUGCUUGUGUUGUUGCUGGGGUUGCAUGUCCUAGCCGUGUGCCCCUCCAUGUGCUCCUGCAGCCGCAGCCACAGGGAGGUAGACUGCUCCUGGAGGGGUCUGAGACAGUUGCCUGAUGGCUUGCAGCACAACAUGCGCUCCCUCAACUUGUCCCACAACCGAUUUCACAACCUGGAUGGCCAGCUCACCGCAUACACCCAUCUCCGCUUCCUUGAUAUGUCUCACAACCGGCUGAGCCACCUGCCCACCGGCUUGCCUCGUUCCCUCUGGCACCUCUACGCCGCCUCCAACCGCCUCCAGUUGCUGGACAAGAACGAUACGGUCUACCAGUGGAAUCUGCGAAUACUUGACCUCUCCAACAACAAGCUGGAGCGGGCCAUCUUCAUCAACAAUACACUGACCAAUCUGUGCACGGUCAACCUAAGCCACAAUCACUUCUGGACUUUGCCCACCAACAUGCCUGUACACCUGGAAACCAUUGACCUGUCCCACAACUUGCUUGUGAAGGUACUGCCAGGCUCUCUGGACCGGCUCCUCAGACUAACUCACUUCUAUCUGCAUGCUAACCGCUUUUCCACGCUGCCCUUUGGAGUGUUGGACAAGAUGACAUCACUUAGAGUCAUCACUCUAGGAGACAACCCUUGGGCCUGUCACCUUUAUGCCGACAUCACCUACUUACUCUCCUGGACUCAGCAUACCCCUGCCCGCGUCCUGGGCUGCCCCUGCCACACCCAGCCUGUCUGUGGAGGGGUCCACCCUGGCAGGACCAGAGGGUGGCACUUUGCCUCCUACAACCUGCCCCCCCUGGCAGCGAGUGCCAUGCCCUCUCAGGCUAGUGUCACUGGGUGGUGGUACUUGUCUGUUUCUGCUCUGCUAAGCACCCCACACACCCCCAAAGAGACCACACAGCACCAUCCCUUCACAGCCACACCCAUCAGCAUCUCCACUCUGCCACCCAGAAGCACAGGCACACGCCUAACUAUUAAUCACCUUUCUGCCGCAGAGCACAUGCUCCACACUGAUUCCCAUCUCAUCUCUGGCACAGAGGAAGCCUCACCCACUGACUCACUCCACAACACCCACACAUCCUUUUUUUCUGACACAAGCUUCAUUACUGAAACACCCAUCAGGGCUGACAUGACGCUGGCCACAGACCGAUUCUUUACAACAGAGAGCUCCUCCGUCCAAACAAAGAAGACAACCACUCUUCGUACCAGGAGUGUGAGGAGGCAGAAUCAGUCCCUUCCGAGUGGCGUCAGCAACAGCAGCCCGGCUCUUGCUACCUGCUCCUCGCUCCCUUUCCUACACAACCUGGGGCUUCUGUCUCUCAUUCUGCAACAAGUCCUCUGAAAGACGAAUGUGUGCAUAUGAAUUUACAGCACAAACAAAUGCAGCACACAUACUGUACGGGACUGUUGUUGUACUGUUAUGUAUAUUACCAGCUUUCUCAGCAAAAGGCCAUUUACAAUACAAAGGUUUUAUGACAAGUUUCAUAAUCCUUGCUAUUCUGACUACGGUAUGAUGCUAAUUUUAUUGUAAUUGGCCAAUAAACAAUGCAUUACUUUUUCUAAUAACACUUUUUACAAGCCUCCACUUGAAUGCACUGUCACUGAUUUAAAAAAUAAUGUAAUGAAUAUAUCUAAGCACAUGGUGGCACUAUACAUUCAGGUACCAGUUUAUUAUGUAACUGAAUGUAGCCUGGUGCUCAGCUGUGACUACAGUCUACCCUUUUCGAACCUAACUGAGAUACUGUCCGAUAUGACCUACACAUUAUUGUGUAUCUUUUAUUCUUAUUUUUCCAAAUUUUCUACAAGUAUUGGCUGGAUUUGACUGAUGUUGUCUCAUCAUAUUGUCAUAUCUUUUUAUUUUAUUUUAUUGCAUUAGCUUUCAAAAAGGUAUGACACUCAAAGUUUUAAUUUACUUAAUUUGACUCAGUUGUCUAUUUUAAUAGAUGUCCUUGAUGCCUGCCUGCUUCUUUCAUGUAACAAACCAUAUCACUCACCAGAGGAGCAAUCUUUUCUGGCGACAGGGUGUAUGUAAGAAACUGGUCAUGACAUGUACAUAACAGGGAACAACAGAGACUCCGUGGAGAGGAGGGAAAACAAAUGGACAAUGUUGCGUCACUAUCUUUAACAAACUCUGAGUACUGCUUCUGUAUUUUGAUCACAUCUCAGACUUAAGUGUCCUUCAUGAUUCAGUGGCUCUCGUGAAAAUGAUCUGCAUGGUGAUUGAACGUUCCAGGAAUGCUAACUUACUGCUAUAUUGCCGCAGAGCAUUAAAGCACAGACAUUCUCAGCUUAUUUAUAUGAAAUGUUAAGAUAUUCCAAUCUUGAUUGCAUUAAGCGUAAAUAACAAUGAUGUGCCAGCCUACAGGUUUUUACAUUUUGCAUUUAGAAAUACCUUCGCAUAUAGUACCAAAAGGUGCCAAAAUAGAAGGAAAUGCAUCUAAGCAAGCUGCAUUUGAUAAACUUAAGAAGAAUACAGUGCCAGGGAAGCACUUUCUGUAAAGUUGAAUAAAAUGUGCUGAGUUAUUUACA